AUGUAUGACAAGAAAAGGGUGCCCAGCGCGGAAGCUCUCGCGGCGGCGAUGAAAGGCAAGUGGAAUGCGGAAGCCUUUUCCAAGUUGUCCUGCUUCGACCAGGCGGACUGUUACUACCUACAAAACUGGCCAUUGUUCAUACAGUUCCAGAAAGAUGUUGUUCACACAAAACCCGGGGGAUUUUACGCUUACUCAGAUAUACGUAAAUGGUUAGUGGCGGUGGCCAUCCCAAAUCUAGAUACAACAGGCGACCAACGAGAAUAUGGCGCGCUCUCAGCAACGGGUAUCACAAGAACACAGCACGAGCUUGAGAAGGAGAUGAACCGCGAUGCCAUCACCCGACACGACUGCGCCGGAACCAACGAAACGGGAGAGAUUAAUGGUUGUGGUACUGUUACACAUUCCCGACUGUGUCGAUCCCUUCGUUCAGAUUGCAGUGGCCCAGCCUCGGAGUUGCCACAGCCCCAGGACGAAAUAAUUCAGCAUUUAUUCAUUGUAUUUGUGACCUAUUUGCUAGCCCAGCAACGUUUGCCACUCUCAUCUCUUCCCCAAAAUCGCCAUAUCCCACGUGCCUCUUGGCUUACAGCAAAAGACGCACCCACGUUCCCUGCAAGAUCUACACGUGCAUCACCCGCGCAUCGCUGUUGGAUCUACCACUAG